GGUAGUUCGUCUUCUGUCUUCAGUAUGUCUGGGCGAGGCAAAGGCGGGAAAGGUCUGGGUAAAGGCGGUGCCAAGCGCCACCGCAAAGUGCUGCGCGACAACAUCCAGGGCAUCACCAAGCCCGCUAUCCGCCGCCUGGCCCGGCGCGGAGGGGUAAAGCGCAUCUCCGGCCUCAUCUACGAGGAGACCCGCGGUGUGCUGAAGGUGUUCCUGGAGAACGUGAUCCGCGACGCCGUCACCUACACGGAGCACGCUAAGCGCAAGACGGUCACCGCCAUGGACGUGGUCUACGCGCUCAAGCGCCAGGGCCGCACCCUCUACGGCUUCGGCGGCUAAACACCUACCUAGAGCCUCUUUUCACUAAAGGUCCUUUUCAGGGC